AUGAAUUUGGCAUUGUGGAAUCCAACAACUUUGGAAGUAGAAAAUUCAAGACUAACAUACUUUCCCAUAAGAUCCGAUCAGUUAUUAAAGAAAAAUCGACCUAAUGGAAACAACGAUGAUAAAUUAGUAAGACAAAUCAUUUUGGAUUACAAAUGUUUAAUAGAUUAUUCAUGUUUAUUAGAAUUUUCUCCAGAUGGAUUAUAUGUUGUACCAGAAUAUGAAAAUAUAUACACAUGGCAGGGAGGCAUUUUUGUACGUUCUGGUUUAUAUGCAAGAUCAUUCUAUAGGUUUCAAAUAGAAUUAGCAUUAGAAGGAGAGUAUACAUCGGAUGGAUCAGGGCUAAAAACCCAUAAAGUAGAGUUUUUAAAUCCGCCAGCACAUCCCUUAGUUAACAAUAGUAAUGGUUUGUUGUACAUUCCUGACGAAUGGCAAUCAAAGAUUCAAAAUAAUAUUUUAGCUUUGUUAUUUUUUAUUAAGAAUAUAUUUUACUUACCAGAAUUGCUAUCAUAUAAAUUAGAAAAUGAAGAAGUGGGGAACUUUGAAAUGUCAGAGUCUGUUAGAAAUGAUUCUAAGAAAGCAGUAUAUAAAAUUCAGAGAAAUGUAAAAGAUUCAAUCGAGAAGUCCUGCAGAUUAUACAAUUCCAAAUUCUCUCCUUUUAAACUAAACUUUCACUUUGAUUCUGAACAUAAGGAAGAUAAAGAGGAGGAAAAGCAAGAAUUUCAUUACAAUGUAGAUGAUAAUCUUUCAACAGAGAUUGUGGAGUACAUUAAAGAGUGUGUUAAUAACUCAUCAAACAUUGUUGAGCAAAAAGAGCUACUUAGUGAAUGGAUUUUAAACAUUGUUGAUAAACACCAAUCAAAACAAAAAUAA